CUCUGGCGUUUAACAGCUCCAACUGGCCAGUGUUGAACAGCACGGUUUGGAUGUACAGUUUGAAAUUAACCGGUUGCAACAAAGCAACUUAGCAACUUGGCGUCCAUUUUUACUGAUUCGAAUUAAAUUUCAUAUUUACAUUAUUCCACUAAUACAUGAAAUCGAACAAAAUGUACACAAUGAAAUUCAGCGAACACAAAGCAAGGAUCCUGGCGUUGACGGCCGAUCACGUGGACCAGCUGCACGCAAUGUGGACAAAGAUGUUCGAGCCGCAAGCCUGCGAGGAUUGCAUCGUCCGUCUGGAGGCCCACGCACACUCCUUCUACACAGAUAUCCUCAAGGAGUCGCGCGAUAAGGAGCAGAGCAUCACCAGCGACAUAGCCGCUCUGCGCACCGAGGCCACAGACCUCAAGCGGCUGCUCCACAAAACGGUGGACCUUGGCCAGCAGCCAGACGAUGUGCCGCUGGUCAUCUGGUACAUGAAGCUGGACACAAUCAAUGAUAAUCUGCGCGUGGAGCUGGCCAGUCGACGGGCGGAGAUCAGUGAGCUUCUCCAGCAGCAGCAGCAGCUCUGCGAUGAGCUGGGCGAACUGCCACAUCCUCUUCUAGCUGAUCCCCUACCGAUGCCCGAGGAGAUGGACUCUUUUCGGGAACGCCUCGCUCAGCUGCGGGAUCAGCGUGUGCAGCGCCUUAAGGAGAUGGACCAACUGCGCCACAACAUCAAACACAACAUGAAACUACUCGAACUUCAUACGAAAACGGACUUGGAGAAGCAGCUGGUCAAUUCGAAUAGUUAUAGGCUUACUCCCGAAUCCUACGAGCGGCUGCAAGCAAUGCACAAGCAGUACGCCGACCAGGUGCAGGAGCUACGCGAGCGCAUCGACGAGAUGCGCGACAAGAUUCAUCUCCUCUGGCAGCGGCUCAGGCUAACCGACGAAUACGCCAUGCGUCGUGUGCGCGAUUCCACUUCCUAUAACCAGCGAACCUAUGACAUUCUGCGCGAGGAGCUAGAGCGCUGCCAGGUCAUGCGGCAGCAGAAUCUGAAGAACUUCAUCGAUCAGCUGCGCAUCGAGAUCAACGAGUGGUGGGAUCUCACACUGAAAAGUACCAAAGAGCGCAGGCGCUUCACCAGCUACUAUUGUGAUACCCCGAGUGAAGAUGUCCUAGAGCUGUUCGAAAUAGAGCUGGAUCACCUUAAGGAGUUCUACAACAGCAAUAGGAGGAUCUUUGAGCUAUACUCGAAACGAGGCGAGCUGAGGGCGCGCAUGGAGGCACUGGAGGCCAAGGCCAACGAUCCCAAUCGGUUCAACAAUCGCGGUGGACAGCUGCUCAAGGAGGAGAAGGAGCGCAAAACUAUGAUGUCCCGGCUGCCCAAGAUCGAUCAUCAAAUCACGGAGCUGGUGAAGGUCUACAUGACUCAGGCGAACACGCCGUUCCUGGUGCACGGCGAGGACAUACUGGAUAGCAUGUCGGCGGAUUGGGAGCGCCAUUGCGAGUCGAAAAAGCAGCCCUCCGCCAAGAAGAUGGACACCAAUACGACCAAUACGACCGGCAAAAUGAAGCCGCCUCUUACGCCAAAUACGAUCAAGAGCAACCGGGGCAUCCAUGGAACCUCAUUCUCGUUGAAAAAGACGCCGUCGAAAGUGAAUGCGAGCAUCACGGCCAAGAGCACAGGGAAUCUGCACAAGAGGCGGCAUCCCAACCACGACAGGAAUAGUCCACAGCCAGCAGCUGCGGCCAAACGAAAUCUAAUCACAUCGCUGGAGUGCAACAAUUCAGGUGCCAUACUGAGUGUGAAUGGGCAGAAGCCGCUCAAGUCGCCGCAGAAGAAGGUGCGCGUGCUGGAAUACUCGGUGCGCCGGGGCAAGGCAUUCGGCAGGCCGAGCACAGGAAGCAGAAAUCCCCAGCGGAAUCGCCCCAUUCCCCAAAUCUAUGUGCGUCCGCCCUCCGGCGAGGAGAACGAGAGUCCCAACGAGGAGAGCAACGACAGAGGCGUUGGGUGCUCUAAAUAGAGCUAAGCUUUAAUCACAUCGAUUUGCAAUCGCAUCGGCAACUGAUCUGUGUUCUAUAUCUACCUGUACUAAAGUAUUUCGCUCACAAUUGCAGACACAUCGGAUUCAAAUAGAUAUAUAUAUAUAGUUAAGGGCAUUUCCUAACUAUCUAAAUUUACAACUUUUAACGCGUAUCAAACUACAUUACUACACGCUGUGACUGCAACUGAGUAAAUGAGCAAUUGUCAACUUUUAAAUUAUAGUCA